GGAAGGAGUGAGGGGAGACGGAGGUCGCCGCCGUCGCGUCACGCGGCGCGUCCUUGUGCCGGCGGCGGGGGGCGCCCGUCACGUGGUGGCUGCGGCUCGCGGCUGAGGGGCGGCCGCGCGGCCCCCUCACCCCCCCCCGCGCGCCCACACACACACACACACACACACACACACACGCCGCCCGCCGGUCCCUGCGCUCAGCCCGGUGCCGCCGCGGUGGCGAGGGGCUUCCCGGGACGUUGGGGGAGCUCCUGGGUGCUGGCAGGAGCCGGCGCCCGCGCUCGCGCCGCGGCGGGCCGCCAGUAAGUGAGGCGAGGCGAGGCGAGACGGCAGAGUUGGCGGCAGCGGCGUGCGGAGGGACUUUCUGAGGCGCCGUUGUUUCGUGUGGACAAACUCCACAACAUAUAGGUGGUACCAUCUUUGUUUUUGUCGUUAUUUCUUGAAAUGUGUAACAAAGCGGUGAUCUGCUGUGUGUGUUGGACUUAGAGCGGUAGAUACGAUACACGAGGAUAACAGAAGGGGAACUCUGGCAACUGUAUAAAUAAUACAUGAAUCAAUAAAGAGAACAUGCUAUUAAAGAGACACCUUACGGAGGACAACUUGUCAGGUUGCUAAUUGUCUGUUUAUGGUGUCUUAUUUCACACAAUCUGUUGCUUUUAGGUAUGAGCUAGGGUUUGGGUUUUUUUUGUCAUUUUUUUACAUUUUGCGUACCUGCUCAUGCAAAAUACGCAUUACCAGAGUUGUCCCACAGAUUCCAGUCCCACAACUCACGAAGUGUGAUUACUGAAAAAAAGAGUCUCUGAGAGUAGUUAAUGGGUUAUGCUGCUACUAGAUGUUCAGGAGACUACUGUGCUUUUAUAUAAAUUUGUGGAAAAGAUUCCAUUGUGAGUUACAGCUUAUGGGUUAAUAUAUGUGCUUAUGUUUUGGGCUCAGUAACCAUUGACUAGUGCAAUGACAUGCCUCAUCAGUAUCAUAGGGAUCAGCAUAAUUCCAAUUAUUACUAAUGUAUUCAGUUUUAAAAGCUAGAACCAGCCGCCACCAUUUCUCUAAUUAGAAAUAUAUUUUCAGCAUAAAAAUUUUUAGGGAAAAAAAAAACAAAAAAAAAAAAACAAAAAAAAACCAACAUGUAAAAGUGCUUGUGUUCUGAAUAGUGACAAAGUUGCAGUUGGUGGUUUCUUGGCACCCGGCACUGCAGGUGUGUCCAGUAUUGCUUCUGCAUUAAGUUUUAGAUUAUUAGGUAACAUGCUUAGGAUGAAACAGGUAACUGCUCUAGCGGAUAUUUGUAAGUGGUCAUAACUGCAUUAGGUGGAAGUUCUAAUCCAGACAUUGGGUGCUUAGGAUGUAUCUUGCGAGCUUAGCUAUCUCAGGUUUUCAGCUGUUUGGUCUGAGAGAACUGAAGUAAUUGACAGGAGUUUAGCUACUCGGGCCAGAAUAUACUAAGCAGAAUUUUAGGCAUUGUCUAAAGGGGUUGACUAUUGUAGAUAGCAUUUGGGGAUUGUAAUUUUGGAUUUAACGGCCUGAAAGAUUCAUUUUAAAAUUUUUGUUUUAUGUCUCUACAUUGGGGAGGAGAAGUUGGGUUCCCAACGAAACACGACUGCUCUCAUGCAAACUUCAGUAGUGCAUCUGUAACGAAAAGAUGGAUCUGGAAUCACAUUCUUCUCUAAAAGCAGGAACCUUUGCGGCCUCCGAAGACGGCGCCGCUGGGCAGCGGAAUCUCAGACCACCUACAACAGACAGGAAUUUCAUCUGGAUCACAAGAUAAAGUUUCGGUUCCUGAUUCUGGACCAGAAAUGGCUGAACCUCAGGUGGCUGUGGCUCCUGUGGUAACGUCAAAGUUGUCUGUUAAAGCACCUGAGUUUUAUCCAUCAGGAUACAACCAGAACUUCAAUCAGAAUUUUGCAGAUUCUUCCUUUGAAGAUAGAUAUGAUGGCUAUCUGACUUUGGCAGAAUAUGUACAAGACUUCCUAAAUCACCUCACUGAGCAACCAGGUUGUUUUGAAACGGAAAUAGAGCAGUUUGCUGAAACACUGAACGCCUGGGUCACUGCGGAUGAAGCUCUACAGGAACUUGUUGAACUCAUCUAUCAGCAGGCCACAACUGUUCCAAAUUUUUCCUACAUGGGAGCACGGUUGUGUAAUUACCUAUCUCACCAUCUAACCAUUAGUCCACAAAGCGGGAACUUCCGACAGUUGUUACUUCAAAGGUGUCGAACAGAGUAUGAAAACAGAGAUGAAGCUACCAAAGGAGAUGAGACUACCCGAAAACAAUUUCAUGCCUUUGUGCUGUUCUUAGCUGAACUUUACCUUAACCUAGAGAUUAAAGGAACAAAGGGACAAGUAAUGCGAGCAGAAAUCCUUCAAGAAGGUCUUCGGGAAUUACUGAAUGCACUCUUCUCUAAUCCUGUGGACAGUAAUUUGAUAUGUGCAGUGAAACUGCUGAAGUUGACAGGCUCAGUUUUAGAAGAUGCCUGGAAAGAAAAAGGAAAGAAUGAUAUGGAGGAAAUGAUUCAGAGAAUUGAAAAUGUUGUGUUGGAUGCAAACUGUAGCAGAGAUGUGAAACAUACGCUUCUGAAACUAGUAGAACUGCGAUCAAGUAACUGGGGUAGAGUUCAUGGAACUACUCCACAUACAGAAGCUACCCCUGAAAAUGACCCAAACUAUUUUAUGAAUGAGCCAACGUUUUACACUUCUGAUGGUGUUCCUUUCACUGCAGCAGAUCCAGAUUACCAAGAAAAGUACCAAGAGCUGCUUGAAAGAGAGGAUUUGUUUCCAGAUUAUGAGGAAAAUGGAACAGACCUAUCUGGACCUGGAGAGCUGUAUUUUGAUGACAUUGAUGACGAGAUGGAUCCAGAAAUUGAAGAAGCAUAUGAAAAAUUCUGUCUAGAAUCUGAACAUAAGAGAAAACAGUGAGAUGUUGCACAUUAAUGUUAGUUUAUUAAGCCAGUUUAGGCAUGGUUAGAAUACAGAGGGACACAAAAUAUGUGUACCAAAAGAAGGAACUCGAGUUUCUCCAAGUACUAAAGUUAUACAAUUUCCAUUUUGUUUAACAGAAUCUGCUAAAAAUUGUAAACUUAAACCCUGUAACUUAAACCAUUGUGUAUAUAUCAUAGUUUAUUUUAUGUACAGGUAUAUGAACAAUGUUUUGGCUGCAAUUAAAAUUAUUUUUAAAUUAUCAUAAUUGAAAUAAAAUUUAAUGGGGAACUGUCCCAUCAAAUUUCCUUUGAGAGUGAAAGGGGAAGAAUAACUUGAUUUAAAUUUAAUUGCUUGCUUGCUUGUUUUGGUAUAUAUUGGAAUUUACUUAUUCUUUUUACCUUAUACAAGAUGUCAGGAUAUCUGGGUUUUGGUUUUUUUUUGUUGGUGGGUUUUGUUUUGGUUUGUUUUUUUUCCUAAGGAGAGUAUGAUUCAAAUAGGGAUUUUUUUUUUUUUUUUCUUGUAGAUCCCAAUCACGAGAAGUGGUUUGUGAAAGUUUCGUUUUGUGGGGUUUUUUUUGUUUUAUUUCCUUUUUCUUCCUCUCCCAAAACCCAUAUAAGCGAGGUCCGGAAUUUUUUUUCUGGGAUAACAUGUAUGUUGGUAUGUGAAAAAGCAAGCAGUAUUUCAGAAGUUGUGUGCUUUCAAGAUCUUUCGUUCAGAUAAGCUUGUUUUCAACUUUUACAAGCAACCUUUAGUUUGUUGUGUUCUUCAGGAGUAUAUGAAUAUAGUUACAUUUAACCCAUGCUUCUUAAGGGUAUGUGCAGUGCUUGGGCUUUGAGGGUUUUUUGGUUUUGUUUUUUUUUAAUGUAUCUAACAUGUCUAACCUUCCAGCAACCCUUGUAACUUUCUCCAUUCUAAUUUUAUAUAGUUUGAUUUAAUUUUGUAGUUGGGGUAAAUUCAUAUAUUUCAUAAAUGUUAACGUUCUGAAGCCAACUGUUCUUUUUUGACCCCAUACAAUCAUGUUAGUUUUCCUAGAAUACUUCAUCGUUGUUGCCAAACUCAGUUGUACUGUUUUCUGUUACUGGUUAGACUGAGUAGAACUCCUUACCAAAAACAAAUGGAGAUAUUUUCCAAGUUAGCUACUAUAAAGAACACAUGUUGUAAAUAUGCAUGUAAAUAAUUCUGUUAAUAUUUCACUGUUAUUUGUUGGGUUAAAUAACUUGUGCAUCUGCUAAUAGAGUGAGCACUGACUGUUUUCUGGAUGUUUAUUUAACAUACUUAUUUAGGUUGGAGUUUUGGAAAAUAAAAUCUAACUAGCUUUGUUUCCUUUGGUA